CUGCUGCUGGUGAGCGAGGUGCGGCAGAUGGCCAGCGUGGCCCACAAGAUCCGCAUGGAGCUCCUGACCGUCAACGACGUGUACCUCCUGUCCACCUUCCGCCUGCCCCCCAAGCAGGGGGGGACCCUCUUCGGCCUCUACUCCAAGAAGGACAACACGCGGUGGCUGGAGGUCUCGGUCGUGGGGAAGAUCAACAAAGUCCUGGUGCGGUACCUGCGGGAGGACAACAAGGUGCACUCGGUCAACCUGCAGCACGCGCACGUGGCGGACGGGCAGAGCCACUCCAUCAUCGUGCGCCUGAGCGGGCUGCGCAGGGACACGCUGAGCGUGGAGCUCUACGUCGACUGCAAGCAGAUGGACUCCAGCGUGGGGCUGCCCGAGCUGUCCGAGAUCCCCCUGGCCGAGGUGGAGGCCAUCGAGGUGCGCACGGGGCAGAAGGCCUACCAGAGGAUGCAGGGGUUCGUGGAGUCCAUGAAGCUGAUCUUGGGCGGGUCCAUGAGCCGUGUGGGGGCCCUGAGUGAGUGCCCUUUCCAAGGAGAUGAGUCCAUUCACAGUGCAGUGACGAGUGUGCUGGCCUCCAUCCUGGGUGAGCAGACCAAGGCGCUGGUCACGCAGCUGACCCUCUUCAACCGGGUCCUGUCGGAGCUGCGGGAAGACAUUAGGGACCAGGUGAAGGAGAUGUCUCUGAUCCGCAACACCAUCAUGGAGUGCCAGGUCUGCGGCUUCCACGAGCAACGGUCCCGCUGCAACCCCAACCCCUGCUUCAGCGGGGUGGACUGCAUGGAGACGUACGAGUACCCCGGGUACCGCUGCGGGCCCUGCCCACCGGGGCUGGAGGGCAACGGCACGCACUGCACCGACAUCGAGGAGUGUGCCCAUGCCAACCCCUGCUUCCCUGGCUCCAAGUGCAUCAACACGUCCCCUGGGUUCCGCUGUGAGCCUUGUCCCCGUGGCUAUCGAGGCAACACCGUCUCUGGUGUGGGGGUGGACUAUGCCAAGGCCAGCAAGCAGGUUUGCACGGAUAUUGAUGAAUGCAACGAUGGGAACAACGGCGGCUGCGACCCCAACUCCAUCUGCACCAACACGCUGGGCUCCUUCAAGUGUGGUCCCUGCAAGUCGGGCUUUGCGGGGAACCAAACGUCGGGCUGCGUCCCCCAAAAGUCCUGCAGCACCACCACCACCAACCCCUGCGACAUCAACGGCUUCUGCUUGUUCGAGAGAAACGGGGAGAUCUCCUGUGCGUGCAACGUGGGCUGGGCUGGCAAUGGCAAUGUGUGUGGGCCAGACACGGACCUGGACGGUUACCCGGACGAGCCCCUGCCCUGCAUUGACAACAACAAGCACUGCAAGCAGGACAACUGCCGCCUGACGCCCAAUUCCGGGCAGGAGGAUGCCGACAACGACGGCAUUGGGGACCAGUGUGAUGAUGACGCUGAUGGCGAUGGCGUCAAGAACGUGGAGGACAACUGCCGGCUCUUCCCCAACAAAGACCAGCAGAACUCGGACACCGACUCCUUCGGGGAUGCCUGUGACAACUGCCCCAACGUGCCCAACAAUGACCAGCGGGACACGGACAGCAACGGCGAGGGGGACGCUUGUGACAACGACAUCGAUGGGGACGGGAUUCCCAACAUGCUGGAUAACUGCCCCAAGGUGCCCAACCCUCUGCAGACGGACCGGGAUGAGGAUGGUGUUGGGGACGCCUGUGACAGUUGCCCUGAAAUGAGCAACCCCACUCAGUGCCGCCGGCUCCUGCGGCACCCGCUGAGAACCUGCCCGGGAGCUGCCUGUGCUGGCCCACAGCCAGGCCAGGCGGGUACAUGUGCCGUGCCCACGGAGACGACCGUGGAGAUGGAAACGGCCGAAACGACCGCCACGGAGAUGACCACGGAGACCACCACCCGCACCUUGACCGCUGCUCCUCCUGUCUUCACCAAAAGCACAGGAGGCAGCAGGUCCCCACCCGCUCUCUUCCCCCACGCCACCGUGUUCCCUGGCAAAAACACCACGGACUUCCAGUCUGGCAACCACUCCUUGGGCAAUGGCACCGCACUGCUCGCCCGCGUCCCACUGUCCUUCCGCAUCAUCAACAGGAGCUUCAACGAGAGCCUGCGUGACCCCACGUCGGAGCAGUACCGGAGCCUGAGCCGCACCGUCCUGAGCAUGUUUGAACACGUGUUCGGCUGCGCGGGCUGUGCGGGCACACAGACCUACAUGGGGUGCAGUGAGCUGCGGUACAGCCAGGGCUCGGUGGAGGUGCAGUCCACCCUUGUGUUUGGGAAUGGCAGUGACACUGUCACCCCCAACGCUGCCGAGCAGCGCCUGAGGAAGAGCCUGGACCAGAAUGGCUUCAUCAUGGGCCUGCAGCUGGACAGCAUCCAGAGCUCCACAGAGGUGACGUCCCCAGCACCGGUGCCCGUGGUCCCAGACUGGGCCAUUGCUCUGCUGGUCCUGGUCAGCAUCCUGGUGCUGCUGAGCCUCUUCACCUGCCUCCUCCUGAUGUCCUCCUGCACUUGCCGCCGGAAAAGCCGAGGGAAGCUGGACCUGCUCAGCCAGAAGGAUUCCUACCACCCCAUGGCUGAGUACCUCCAGUACCAGAGCCACGGGCGCUACGUGUCCCCCAACAGCAAACCCAACCCCUACAGCCAGCUUGGGCAGUCGCUCUCACUUCUCAAUCCAGGCAGUCCUGGGGUUGGUGCCGGGGGUGUCACUGUGCCCCCAGUCCCUGUGUCCCUCUGGGUGUGA